AUGAACCAAUUCCAGGCCUUCGAUUAUGACUUUGUGGGACGGCGGACGGCAUCAACCGAGAUCCGACUACCAGACCUCUAUCCCUCACAGGGUUUGGUUGAUAGCUGUCUGAUCGGCCGUCUGUACUCAACCUCCAUCAAGAACCCACCGCCCUAUACCGCUCUCUCGUAUGUUUGGGGCAAGGCCCGCGACUUUGGACUGGAGAGCUACAUGAACCCGCAGAGCUACUACCUGAUAUCAGCAUUGGGAAGAAGCAAAGACGCGGCCGAUGAGACUGCCGUGUGCUUCCAAGACUUACUUGCACGCACCGUCGAUGUCUUCGCUCCUUUGCUCAAAGAAAUGGCGUUGAAGAAGUGGUUCGAGAGGCCAUACUUUUCACAAGUCUGGAUCAUCCAGGAGUUUUAUUUAUGUCCUGAUAUUAUCUUCGUUGCGACCGCGAUCGGCAACAUGCCCCAAGGAGACUUCGAGCAGCUCCAACCGCCAGAGAUGCCUUUGGAGCGACUCGCUGAAGUAUCUUCUGAGCCAACUGCACGGCUGUUCGCCUGUCGUUCACGAGACCAGAAGCACAGAGACGACGAGUUUUAUAUGCUGUUGCGCAGACUAUUUGUUGAGCUGGAGACAAAUGCUACUGUGCAUCAUGACCGCAUCUUUGCCCUUCUCGGCCUCGCUGCGGACGCUGAGAAGCUUGGCAUUCAGCCUGAUUAUGAGGGAAGCACCGAAAGCAUCCCGACCAAGACGACGCGUAAACUGCUUGAGAAGAGUGGUCGUGUGGAUAUGCUGUGUUACUCUCAGUUUCUGAAACCUGAUGAGCUUUCACGCCUACCGUCAUGGGUUCCUGACUGGCGAUCCAACCUACGUCGCUCGUUCUACACCAUCAACGAGCGCAUGGACUAG